AUGCCUGGCAUUCCCACAUCCAAAGCAUGCCAGCGAUGCAAAGCCAGAAAAAUCAAGUGUGAUCAGAAUUGGCCCACCUGUACACCUUGCGAGCUCAAGAAUUUUGAGUGCCCGGGAGCUUCGUCCCUAAUAAAAUUCGUUGACGCUGGUCCACAGAGUCACCGUCGGGUUCCUUCUCGCAUGGCUUCUCCAACCCACACGAGCUCAUCCGGCGGCGGAAGCCCUGCUGAGAAAGAGGAAGGCUCAAUGUCGUCUGAGAAGGGGAGUUACACCGUCAUGCGUCCAUCUUCCCCUUCUGUUCCUCGAACCAAACCGACCACUGUUGCAGACCGCGUUGCAAGCCGUUUAGUCGCCCAGUUAGAGUCGUGCCCAGAAUUGGUCAAGGUAUUUCAGAUGGGGUAUCUCAAGUAUCUCCCUCCCUUGUUGUCACGGAGCGCAUGUCUUCGCGAUACAGUGUCAAUGUUCUGCACCGCUUGGGCGGGAUAUCGCCGGCGACAGCCGGUGGGAGACUUCAUGUCCAUGGAGGCCUAUGGAAAGGCAUUACGAAGUUUGCGCCGAUGCUUAGAUGGCGACAAAACAUGCAGUAUGGAGACGCUGGCAGCCAUUACGCUUCUUGAACGAUCGGAGGCUCUUUUUGAUCGAGAGAGAAAACCGUUCCAGAUAUCGCACACGGAAGGAAUCCUGUGGCUGAUUCAACGCCAAGGACCGCCGAACCAGGAGGACAAGCUAUAUUCGGGUCUCAUAUUCGAUAACAUGGCAGGUUUGAUCACCUACUGGUUUGCGAAAGACGAGCACAAUUUCUUAGUUGACUCACCGUGGAGAGAAGCAAUAGAGGAUACAGCAGCCGAGUUUCUGGAGCCAGCAAUCAAGCAAUCCGCCAUGGCAGCCGUCAGUUUCACAAGCACAUUGUACGCGCGUUGGCCUCGAUAUCUCAGAAGCGCACAAACUAUCUAUACUGAUCCCAUCCCCAGUCAGGAGCUACAGAUAUUUACCAUAGCAUUCAUUGACGAACUGAACGAAGCCGAGGUUGAGGCCCGUUUCAUAUUUGAGGACGUCAUGUCUAAUGCCUUUGAACUAGGAGAGAUCCGACAACUACCAGACUCGGCGGCUAUUACAGGCCAAAGUUAUCAUUUAACAGCCGUUUUCUUUGGACAGUCGCUCUUGGAGCUACUCUCGCUACGGCUGGCUCUACUCCGGAUGCUCUACGAGCUGACCGUGCUUAGAGACCCAGCUCAGGCGCUGGUAUAUGGGGCGGAGUACCGGGCACUGUGCCUCGAAACGUGGAAAUUUAUCCCAUUUGUGUAUGGGUUGGAUCCCCUGAUUGCAACAUGGUCAUUUACACCGUUCACACUAGCGUUUGAGGGGGCGGAAGGGUUCGAAAGAGAAUACCUCAUGAAGAUGAUCAUCGAGGUGGACAGUUACAGGCAGAGCUUCCCUCGAGACCAUGAGCUUCUGGCAUCGACCUUGGUGCAUCAUGCGAUGAUGCUGACAGGAAGGUUGCCAAUGGCUCUAAAUUGA